GUCCCUAGUCCGCAAAGGACAUGCGAAGAGGAAAACAAUACAUACAUUUUUAACACAACGGGACAUCAUGUAGGAAGACAACAGCAGAAACGACCGGUUUAUUCGCCAAAUAACGAUGUCAUCUUGCAGAUUUGCGGAUUUCAGGAAGCAUACGUUAAAAUCAGGAACUCGGUGUUCGAGACAGAAGUUAAUGUUAACGUUAGUUACUGUUUAUUUGAAUAGAUUAUUCAUCUGAACCAAACCUGCAGCGAACUUCAUAACUUUAAAGUGCAACAGGUUAUUGCAAGAUGGUAUCGUGGAUUAUAUCAAGGGUCAUCGUCCUUGUGUUUGGAACGCUGUAUCCUGCCUACUAUUCCUUUAAAGCUGUCAAAUCCAAAAAUGUCAAAGAAUAUGUGCGAUGGAUGAUGUACUGGAUUGUGUUUGCUCUUUACACAGUGGUGGAGACCAUCACAGAUCUUUCUUUGGCUUGGUUUCCAGUUUAUUAUGAGCUAAAAAUGGCUUUCGUCUUUUGGCUGUUGUCUCCCUACACCAGAGGAGCCAGUGUCAUCUACAGGAAGUUCCUACACCCUAUGCUGGCAUCCAAAGAGAGGGAGAUUGAUGAAUAUAUCGUCCAGGCCAGAGAGAGGAGCUAUGAAACCAUGGUGAAUUUUGGGCGUCAGGGUCUUACAAUCGCAGCCGCUGCUGCUGUCACUGCUGCUGUGAAGGGACAGGGGGCCAUCAGUGAACGUCUGAGAAGUUUCAGUAUUCCAGACCUGACGCAGGUUCCCUCUGAGCAAUCAGCCAUCUUCAACUCCAGCCGACGGGCCCUGCCGCCUGCUGAUUCUGAACCAUAUAAACAGACAGGGGAGGGUCAUGAGGAGGAAACAGAUGGAGUAUUCUCUGAAGAUGAGGCGUCUGUGCAGAAGGGGCUACGCAGAUCUCAGAGCGUGAAACUCACUCGUGCCAAAGCAGCACGCAAAGAGCCUCGCUAUGGUUCUCUGAAGCUGAGACCUAGAAGACGACAACUGGUUACAUCGUCCACUUUUGACCAUCCAUGAGCGUCCAAUACAAAUGACCAGAUGGGAUCUAAUCCUGGUUUUAAGUUUAAUCCUAAACAUUGGUCCUGCAUUUCUUCAAAUUAAUGCUCCUUUUAAGCAGCAUUAAACUAAAAAACUACAGACUCACAGCAUAAACAAUGACUUCAUUAAUUUAGUAAACACUUUUUUCCACCGAAGAAUACAACUGACAAUGAUGCAUAUGAUAAAUAGUGAAUCUUGCAUGCUGCGCUGUUUGUUCAAAAUAAUACCAAAACCUAAUACAAGUACAAGAAGUCUAAGCGUGUACUAAGAACGGAAUGGUUCUGGGCACAUAAGAUCUGUACCUGCUUCUGUAUAGACAUCUCUUAUUACUGUGAGCAUGUGGGCACAUCCUGUAACACAGAUAUCCCAGGUGUCCUUGAUCUCCUUCUACAGGGGCAGGUGUCAAGGUCAAAGGUGUCUCCGGUGUGCGGCUUGCAGCUUGUUUUCGCUGUAAUGAAAUGAGCCUGGAAAAAAAAAAAUGAGUAUGCAUGUUAUAGCAGGUAUUUGUAUAAGCAUAGGUGUUUCAGCUUGUUAAUGUUUACAUUUCCAUAGUUCACCUAGAAUUUAUUCUGCUUUAUUCAUCCUCAUGUCAUUCAAAACAUGUUUCUUUGAUGGAAUUUAAAAGAUGUGUUUUUGAAAAAUAUCCUGUAUGCUCUUUUCCAUAUAAUUUAAGUGAAUUAUUGUGCUUUAUUUGUGUAUUUUAGUCAUAAAAAACAAAAAAACCCAAACAAAUAAAGCACAAUUUAAGUAUCAUAAAAAGUGUCCCAAUUGACUACGCAGUUUAAACUAACAAGCAAAUGGUCAGACUUUGAUGGAAGGAUAUCAAAACAAGCAUUUUUAUUUUUCAGGAGAUUAACUUGCACAGAAAACCGUAAAAUAACUGUGCACCAGCAAAAUAAAUAUUUUGAUUGGACAAUAUCUGGAAUCUGAGGGUUCAGAAAAACCAAAAUUUACUGAGUAAAUUGCUUCUAAAGUUGUCCAGAAUGAGUUUGUUUAUGCAUCUCAGCAGGCACAGGACAUCAACAUGACAUCAGAUUGGCGUUGUACCCCAACGUUGUGGUGAUGUUGCAUUUUGUUUGGAAAUGCAAAUCGAGUUGACUGCAGAACGCAUUUUCAACCUAAAAUCAACCAAAUAUUAAUGUCUAAUGAUGUUACAGCUUGACGUUGUGUGGACGUCACCACUAUGACGUCUAUCAGACGUAACAUUUUUUAUUUCCAUACCUGACGAAUAAAUGUCAGUAUUUGACAUUAAUAUGACGUUGAUUUAAGAUGUUGAAUUGACGUUGGAUUUUGGUCACUUUCCAACACAACCUAAAAUCAACCAAAUGUCAACGUCAUUUGAUGUCGUUAUUGGAUGUCAAAUUAACAUUGUCCUUAGGUGCUGGCUAGACAUUGAAUUUUGGUUACCUGACGUCACAACCUAAAACUAGCCUAAUAUUAACAUCUUAUGACAUUGUGUGCUUCCAAGUUCUGGGUUGUGGCUGGAAGGGCAUCCGCUGCAUAAAACACAUGGUGGAUAAGUUGGCGGUUCAUUCCGCUGUGGUGACCACUGAUUAAUAAAAGGACUAAGCCGAAAAGAAAAUGAAUGAAUGAAUGAAUGAAUGAAGUUGUGUCCCUGCUGGGAUAUUACUAACUGAAAAAUACAUUUUGAUAUAUUUAUAUAAAUUUAUAUUAUUAUAUGUUAAAAACGUCCUCACAAAAGAAUCUUUACAUAAUAUGCUAAUUAUUUUUGGCAUGAAAUACAAUGUGAUAAUUUUGACUCUUUUGGCUAUUCCCACAAUUAUACCCCUGCCCAACAUAAGUACAGGUUUUGUAGUCCAGGGUCACAUGAGAAUAACUUGAUGUGUUUUCUCAGCAUGAUCAUAUCGAUUUCAUGUGAAAUUAAAUAUAACAUGUCAUACAAUUGUCAAAUGAGCAACAAAAUUGUGCAUGCUAACAAUAGUUCAUUUCAUGUCUACAAUGUAGGGAAGAUUUGCUGUGAUUAUUCAUUAUUUGUUGGAAAAAAGUAACCAGGAUAUUAUUAAAAAUGUAUCCUUUAAAAAAAAACAUACAUCAUACAGGUUUAAAACAACAUGAGGAUUAAGAUUUUGUCCUGCAUUUUCAGGUGAACUAUUGACUAUUUCACUUUUAAAUAUGUAAUGGAAUUCUGUCAUUGUAAACUUAAGUUUGUUUAAGUCUUAACAGUAUUUUUAGAAGCUCUUUCCAAAUACAUUUCUUAAGUUUGAAUGUCUUACAGGAUUGUGUUUUGUUAACUUUAUGUGCAAUCCAGUUUAAUGUGUUGAAUGUUCAUUUUAAUCAUGUUUGUUUCUGCAUUUCAUGCUACUGUUUCUCUCAUUUCAAUAACAAAAUGCACUAAUUAGUGUGAAAUUUGACCAAACACUCCAGUUUUAUCUUUGCAAACCAUGAGAGGAGAGUGUAUCUGAUGCUAGUUGAGAAAGUAAGUUAAAACAUUGCUGUUUGUACAUGUGUAAACAGUGGCAAUGAUUUCUCCUUUUUUGAACAUGUUUGUGUUUUGGAGGGGAAAGCCUGAGGAUUUAGAUGUUAACAAGUUUUGUUUGUAAGAAUGUUGUUUGUGAUAGAGAAAACCUGUCGAUUCUGGAUGUGUGUACAGAUGUGUGACAACAACAGCUGUAUUGAAUGUGUGGUUACACUUUAUUUUGAUGGUCUGUUUGUUGAAUUUAAGUUACAUUGCAUCUACAUGCCAACUAAUUCUCAUUACAUUAUAAGUAGACUGUUAGGUUGGGGUCAGGGUUGGCAUGCACAUGCUAAGUUUCCUAUAGUCAGGUAAAUGUCUGUUGAAGGAGCAGCAUCAACAGAUAAUAAGCUAACAGUCUACUAAUACUCAAAUGUACCAUCAAAAUAAAGUGUUACCGAAUGUGUUAGUAACCCCGAACCCAAAGUCAUCAAAUAAGGGUAUUUUCUUUGACAUUAUGAGAGGAAAAAAUCAGGGAAACACAGAAAUGUGGACAUAACCAGAGAAACUUCCUUGAUGAAAAUGAUUUGGUCUUUUUAUGAGCAUGAAACAUUAGUUUGUCUGUUGGAGAUAAGACAAUAAUAAAAUACUAAAUACAAUAUGCAAA